AAAGAUUUUUAUCCAAUAUAUUUGUUUCAUUUUCGAUGCUGUAUCGGCACUCUUUAUUAUGAUGUAUAGAACAUAAACCAUUGAAAGUGGUCGAACAACAACUAUUCCCAACGAUACUCACUAAACUUCACCACUGGCUGGUUGUUCUUAACGUUUAUAAUAGAAAUGGAUAUAAAGCCAGAAACAAGUGGAAGUACAAGUGUCCGCGAAUAUGGUUCGAAACAUCUUCAAGACGAUGGAAUAACUUCUCAGAGUCCAAUGCAGUCUACAUCAUUAGCAAUUGUGAAGUUUUUGGUUAAAUAUUGUGGUGCUGACUUAAGUUGUAAAGAUGAGUGGGGCAAAAAUGCUUUACAUUUUACUGUUGAUUUUGGUGAAACAGACUUUGUUAAAUAUUUUGUUGAACAAUGUGGCGCUGAUGUAAAUGACAAGGAUAAUAACGGGUGGACAGUUCUGCACUAUGCUGUCACUAAAGUUACGCCAGAAAUUGUAAAAUAUCUUGUUGAACAUGGUGCUGAUGUAAAUGACAAGGAUAAAAAAGGGUGGACAGUUCUGCACUAUGCUGUCACUAAAGGUACGCCAGAAAUUGUAAAAUAUCUGGUUGAACAUGGCGCUGAUGUAAAUGACAAGGAUAAAAAAGGGUGGACAGUUCUGCACCAUGCUGUCACUAAAGGUACGCCAGAAAUUGUAAAAUAUCUUGUUGAACAUGGCGCUGAUGUAACUGACAAGGAUAAAAAAGGGUUGACAGUUCUGCACCAUGCUGUCACUAAAGGUACGCCAGAAAUUGUAAAAUAUCUUGUUGAACAUGGCGCUGAUGUAAAUGACAAGGAUAAAAAAGGGUGGACAGCGCUGAACUACGCUGUUACUAAAGAUACGCCAGAAAUUGUGAAAGACCUUGUUGAACAUGGCGCUGAUGUAAAUGCGAAGAAUAAUAACGGGUGGACAGUUCUGCACCAUGCUGUCACUAAAGGUACACCAGAAACUGUAAAAUAUCUUGUUGAACAUGGCACUGAUGUAAAUGAGGUGAAAAAUAACGGGUGGACUGUGCUGCACGAUGCUAUUAUUAAAGGUACGGUAGAAAUUGUAAAAUAUCUUGUUGAACAUGGCGCUGAUGUAAAUGCCAAGGAUAUUAACGGGUGUACAUUGUUGCAGUAUGCUGUUAGGUUUAAUAGAUUACAGAUUGUAAAGUAUUUAGUUGAAAUGUGUGCUGACGUGACUCUUCGCACUCACAAUCUUGGCAUUGACAUCCUCAAGAUGGCUGUUGUGAAAAAUUCAGUUGCUUUGAUCAAUCUUCUGUUGGAGAAGAACUUCGCUGUGUGGAGAGCUGGACCAUUUCUUGUUCAGGGAAGACAUAUAAGUCUUCUUGAAUUGAGUAUUCAGCUUGGUCAUGAUGAAAUUACAACUAUCCUCAAAAGGUCCAUAAAUCAUUGUGAGAAGAUUCAGAUGUUGAAAGCAAUGAAUUGCAACCAGUUAAAAGAGACUGAAACACCGAUGCAGGCUUUUGUCGCAAAGAAUCGAUUCAAAAUUGGUGCUGGUGGUUUUUCUUGUGUCUAUGUUGGUCUCAUGAAGGAUGGAAGUGAAGUUGCUGUUAAGAGAAUUUUGGUACAAAGUGAGGAUGAAACUGUUGAAAACGAAAAGGAAAUCAUGAGUCUCAUUGAAACAAAGUCUCCAUUUAUAGUGAAAUAUCGACAUUUUCACCGUGACGAUACCUUCAUGUAUCUUAUUGUUGAUCUUUGCGAAGAAACCUUGAGGGAACUUGUUCAUGCAUGCAGUAUUGGACAUUUAAAAGAGCAAGGUCCACGAAUGAUUAAGGAAAUUCUAUCAGGACUAGAAUUUCUUCAUGGCAAAGGAAUAUUGCACAGAGAUCUAAAACCAUCAAACGUCCUGGUUGAUAUCGAAGGUCGCAUGAAAUUGGCAGAUUUUGGAAUAAGUCGCGUUGUUAAUGAAGAUGAAACAACAGUUGAAACAGAUGCAAAAGGUACUCGUGGAUGGAUGCCACCGGAAGUAAUUGAAGCAAUAGUUAAAAAAGAAAAAAGUCGUUUUAAAAGGAAAUCAGAUGUCCAGGUGGCGGGUAUGAUUGCUUUUUUCAUCUUAACCAAAGGUGAACACCCUUUUGGAUCUGAAUUAGAUCGAAUGAAAAAUAUUUUAGAAGAUAAUCCUGUCAAUUUGGAGAAACUUGGUAAUCGCACAGCUCUUAGGUUUGUGUCGUGGCUGAUUAAUCACAAGAUUGAUGAUAGACCUUACGCUCACGAAACAAUGAGAGAUAUCUUUUUUAGCAACAACAUAUGGAGCAUAGCGAGCAAUUAGACAACCAACCACGAUUUGUUUGAAAUGACGAAUCCUUCCUAGUCCAAGUUUGUCCGUUUGUACAAGGUUUUGAUUUGAAGAAGUUAAACAACUUCAGACUCCAUUUGUACCCUAAGACAAACUGACAUCCCAGCUUGGCUGUAACAUAUUGUACAUAGAUAAUUCUGAGUGUAAUAUAUCUUAUUGUCUGAAAAACUGGACUGGCACCAAUCAGAAUUUUUCGUGAAGAAAUUUGACCUACAUGACUUUACUCUCCAAGCAGCAUAA